GUUAAUACCUCACUGGUUGCUUUGUUCACGGCGGUCUGAUUUAAAACCUAUUGACGUCUAAACGUUAAGCCAUGGUGCAUUUACAGCUCACUAGUGCAUGGUGCAUAUAACGCGGUCCAUUAUGGAAGCAUGCGGCGAACUGCGCGCAUAUGUUGGCUCGCGCUCGCACUGGUCUCGCUGCUUCAUCGAUGUACAUACGCACAGUCGACAGCGGCGGCCCAGCAGUGUGCGAUGCCGGGCCUGGCGGACAACUGUGCUGCGGGAGCUUCUCGGCUCCGCCUGACGUCUAUACUUGCGUCAUGCUUGCCGGGAGAUGUGAAUACCACUCAAAUUCCUCCUCCCCGGGCUGUGCGGCUGGUGGCACCUCAAAGUGUUAUGCUGCCGGCCCUGCUGGAGCGGGUUUUGAAGGCCAACCCGCUCGCUCCCGGGGCCGGCGUAAACUACACGGCCUUGACACCGCUGGGGUUUGUGUUUGCUCGCGCGGGGCUGCUGAAAGACACAGCGCCGCCCUCAGCCGGCAGGGGCUAUGACCUGAUGUUCACGACCUCAUCUGGGUUUGGAGACGCGGCGCAGGUGCCUGGCAAGCUGCCCGACCUCAGCCUUCUGGUGGCGCAGGACCCCACACUGGACUGGCGUGGGCUGCCGGCUCAGUUCAGGGGAGCUGGGGUGACCUACGACCACGCCGUGAGGGCCAUACCCGUGCUGGCUGCGCCGUACGUGAUGUUCUACCGGCGGGAUGUGUUCGAGCGCGACAACCUGACGGUGCCGCAGACGUGGGAGGAGUUCACGGACCUGGCGGAGCGCUACCACGGCGGCAGCGACGGCCUCAACGGCGCCUGCAUUAUGUCCAUAGGCUGCCGCGCGGAGAGCAUCAUGAUGCGCACCAUCUUCGGCAGCUACGCGCAGGGCGAGGGACCCAGUCAGGGGCUGUUCUGGGACGCGGCCACAAUGGCGCCCCUGUUCAACAGCGAGGCCGGCGAGGCGGCGCUCAAGAUCUUCCGGCGGCUGCGUCGCGUGGGCCCCACGGCCUCGGAUGCGCCCUUGUGCCUGCGCCGACACUUCCUCAAGGGGGAGUGCCUCAUGGCGCUGGAUGACGGGUCGCUGUUCAAGCUGGCAAACAUCGGCGAGCCGAACUUGACGGCCAUGCGCGGCAAGCUGGGCGUGGGGCUCAUGCCGGGCUCCACGCGCGUGCUGGACCGCGUCAGUCGCAAGCUGGUGCCGUGCGACAGCAAGCGCUGCCCCCUGGCGCAGGGCGUGGCGCUGGGCCUGCCGGUCAACCGGCCCAUCGCGCUGGGGAGCAUCCUGUUCCUGCUGAACGGCCUGUCGUCACUGGGCCAGCAGCUGCUGAGCUACACACUGGCGGCGGCCCUGGUGAGCCCCUCCGUGCUGGGCAUUGACGGGCUGCUUCUGGAGCCCAACGAGCUGCUGCCCAUGCGCGCCGCCGACAUGGACCUCGCCAACGCGCCGCGCUGGGUGUUGCGCGGCUAUGACGCCGGCGACGUGGCGCGCUUCCUGGUGGCCUACCAGGCCACCACCGCCAGCAUCAACAUCAACACCGAUCUAAAGAUCCGCCUGUCACAGAACGUCUCGGACGCACUGCUGGCCGCCGCCUUGGCUUACCUGGACCAGUCCACGCCGGUCGAGUCUCUGCCAGCCAUCCUGAAGCAGGUGGACGCCGUCCUGACCGCGAUUGCGGAGGCACAGGACCCAGCCGCGUUUGCAGACGAGUACAGGAGGUCCAUCAACUGGGUUGAUCCGUACAAGCAGAGCAGCACCGCGCUCACGCCCGCCUCCGAGGCCGCGCCUUCCGGCGACAACAGCCGGCGCCUGGGGCUGCUGGUGGGACUGCCUGUGGCGUUGGCGGUUGCGGCGCUGGUGGUGACGGUGGCGGGGCUGUACUGGUGGCGCAAGGGCGCGCGGCUGCGGGCGCGGGCCAAAGCGCUCAAGACGUUCACGGAGGCGCCCGGGCCCGGCCCCGACACUGCUCUGGUGUUAACCGACAUCGAGGGCUCUACCGUGCUGUGGGACAAGAUGAGCGACGUCAUGAAUCUGGCACUGGACGUACACAACGGCAUCGUGCGGGACCUGAUUGGCAGGCACAGCGGCUACGAGUGCCUCACCGAGGGCGACUCGUUCGUCCUGGCGUUCCACCGGCCGGCCCACGCGCUGGCUUUCUGCCUCGACCUGCAGCAGGCUCUGCUGCAAGCGCAGUGGCCCGAGGAGUUGCUGUCCGGCAGUGAGGUGCUGUGUGGCGACAUGGUGGGCAGCCCCGUGCCCAUCACGAUGGUGCCGGCCAGGGUUGCACCUGGCAACGGCGCCAUUACACAACUCUGGCAGUCGGGAGCAGGCACAGCUGGCCGCGCCAAGUCGCGCCAGCACUUCUCCCAGGGCGCGGCCGCUUCAACGUCCGGCGGCGGCACCGCAGCCCGCGUGCUGACACCGCCCCUGAGCCGGGCGCAGCUGUCGUCAACCACGUCCCAGAUGCACCGCCAGGACUCACCCCUGCCGCCGACGGUGCAGCAGCUGCAGCAGCCGUCACAGCACAGCCUGGAGGUGACCGCGACAACGGCGGCCAUUGCCGCAGCCGGGGCCGGCUCCGCCACCGCCUCCUGCAACUCGGCUGGCGCGCAUGCGUUCGCGCGGGACACCAUGUCCACCGCCACUGCCACCAGCGCCAGCGCCACUAGCAUGCCUGUGCGCUUCAGGUCCACGGACGGCUACGGCGCGGGGUCGGGGUUUCUAGAGCGGCAGGCGCCGAGCAUACUCGAAGCAGUGGAUGAAUCGGCGGACGGCGCCGCCGCCGGGGAUGCGCUCGCAGCCGCCGAGAAGGCUCACGCUCACGCUCAGGCUGAGGCUCAGGCAGUCCCAAGCAGCUACAGCGAGGGCUGGCAGCAGCAGCAGCUGCUGGUAGGGGAUCGCGGCUGGCAGCCGCCUACGCUGGAAGCCUACUUGGCCACGUCAUCCCGGCGCUCGGUAAACUUGGCAGCGGACGCGGCGGGCGGGGACCCGAAUGGCGGCGGGCGGGAGGGCUCGCGGACGGCACCGCCGCUGCGCGAGCGGCAGGGCCUUCUCACGCUGCCGGCCGGCCCCAGCCGCUACCUGCGCGGCGCGGCGCCGCAGCAGGAUGAGCGUGUCGGGCUCAGCAGUUCCGUGGAGGCCGAGGUGACGGUGGGCCCGUACCUGGACGCAGUCGGCGGUGCGUCCAUUGAAAGCGUGCCGGCGGCAGCAAGCCAGCUGCGCAGCGGUGAGGACGUCAGCCGGACGAACAGGGACCUGCAGCUGAGCCACGGUGGCGGCACCGAGUCAGCGGCAGCGUCGGCAACGGUCGCAGCUAACGGCGUUGAGGCUGCCGCUGCGCCUCAUCACCCGGCGGAUGGGCCAAGCUUCAGUGGCGGGCGCGUGCAGGUGCCGCGCAUGGAGAGCUCUCCCAGCCGACCGCAACCGCUUCUGGCCACGCAGGGCACGGAGGAGUCAGCGACCUCUAGCCCGGUCAAUGCCGCCACCUUGACAUCCUUUGGUCAAAAGCGCAGCGCCAGCCUGGCCCAGGCCCUCAAGAAAAUACACCAACAGCAACAGCUGCAGCCGCAGUUUUCGCCGGUUGCUCGUCUCACGCGCCAGACCAGCCCCGCAUCACCCUUCUCGGCUAGCCGCACGCUGGGACAACGCGUGUCCAGCACUGGAAUCGCCCUGCAAGGCACCCUCCUGCAGCCAUCUGCUGCCAUGCUGAACAGCGCCGGCGGCGCGGCCGGCGCGGCCUACAGCAAUCACAUGCGGAGCAUGACGCAAAAGGCGGUGUCCGUGUCAACCUGGGUCACCGGCUUCGGUCCCGGCGGCGGCGCCGCCGCCCCCGAUAGCCUCGCGGUGGCCACUGAUGCGGACGUCAUCGCCGGAGCUCGAAGCAGCCCAGCCGAGCGGUUCCGCUUUGAUGGGCUCUCUGUCGGGACCACUGACAAGCAGCAGCUGCAGCAUCCGCACCACCUGCACUCCACCUUGCUCGCCAAGCCCAGCUCAGCGCUGUCCUUUCUUCAGGAUGACGAAGUGGUUCUCACAAGCGGCGGUGGCGGGCUGGGCCAGGCCACGGUUGAGGAGAUGCUGAGGGCGCAGUGGGUGCGGCUGGGCGCGGGCGGGAGCGGGAGCGUGUCGAUGACUGUGACCGGCACCAUGACCGGGGCCAGCGCCGGUGAUGGCGCCGCUGGUGUACCGAUGAAGGCAUGUGCGGAGGAGCUGGCGGCCACAGGGUCAGACCACGGCAGCGAAGUACUUGGCCGCGAGCGCACAACCUCGCCGCUGCCGCGGCGGCCGGCCAGCCUGGCUGCGGCUAUGGGCGCUCCGGCACGCGGUGUCAGCAGCAGCGGCGGCUGUGGCGGCGACUUUGUGCGUGCGGACGGCGGACAGCGGCCCUACCUGCCCAGCCACAGCCUGCGUCUGGCUGAUGACUUACUGCCGGCGAGCGGCGACGACGCCGCAGCAGGCGCGCACCCUGCUCCUAACGUUGUGACUGCCCCCGCAUCGCAACAGGCGUCGGGUGAGUGGCAGGCAGCUUUUGCUGUCGCUGCUGUGCGUCCUGCAGGCGGGGCCACCAGUGCGGUGGCUGGACCGGCUCGGCCCUCGCUGUCGCAGCUCCAGGCAGCCAUGGCAAGCACGAGCGCCGUGCCAACCCCGAGCGGAGACGCCGGCGUCCCUGGCAGCGGUUGCCUGCUGUCGCAGCGCCCGUCCUGGGCCGCGGCUGCUCCCGGGCGGGGCUCCGCCCGGCGCGCGAGCCUGGAUGCCCGCAUGGCGGCAGCGCUCGAGGCCCCGCCGCCGCAGGCGCCAUCGUCUGCGCUGCGGCUGCCACAGGGCACCGCCGGCUCGGUCUGGUCAUCCGGCAUGGUUGCGGUGACGACUGGCGGUGGCUACGCGCUGGGUGCGGGCGCGUCACACCUGCCGGGCGUGACCCCACAGACGUCGGCUGCGGGCGGCGCCGGCGGGUGGGCAGCCACACGCCCUGUUGCCGCUGCGCUGAGCCGGACCAUCACACAGUCGCGGCUCAAAGGGCUGCCACAGCCUUCCGCAACGCUGCAGCCGCUGCAGGACGGCAGUGCCGCCGGCGCUCCUGCCGCUGCCGCUGCCGCCCCCGCCGGAGGCGUGGUGGUCUUCCGCGGGCUGCGGGUGCGCGUGGGCAUGUCGUGCGGGGUGCUGUCGGAGAGCGACGUGCUGCGUGCGCCUUGGAAGAACGCGCGCGUGCAGUACUCGGGCCUGUGUAUGCGCCUGGCCAAGCUGGUGUCGGACUCGGCGCUGGGCGGCAUGACGAUGCUGUCGGAGAGCGCGAGGGCCGCGCUGGAGUCGACUAUGCUGGCGGCGCCGGAGGAUCUGGAGAAGGUGCUGCGCAAGCACCAGCCGCUGUUGGUCUGGAUGGGCGCGCACUGCCUCGCGCCGGACCUGCCGCCGCAACAGCUCUACCAGCUGGUCAGCGGCGCGCUGCUGCCGCGGCUGGUGCUGCUCAGCGCGCGGCCGCUGCGCAGCCUGGGCGUGCUGCCGCCGCUGUGCGGCGUGCUGGCGGCGCCGGCGCGGCAGGCGGCGGCGGCGCGGCUGAGCGUGUCGGGCGCGGCGACGCUGCUGGCCUGGAACGCUGAGGUGACGGCGCGGGCGCUGGCGCUCCUGCACCGGGUGCUGCUGGACCUGCUGAGGGAGAUGGGCGAGCGCGUGUACGUGGUCGAGGGGGCGGACGGCUGGCACGCAGGUGGGAGUGGCGGCGGCCUGGGCCUGAGCAGUCGCGGCGCCAGCUUCCAGCCACGGGCGCAGCAGUGCUCGGAGUAUGGCGAGCCGUCGGAGCCGCACUCCCUAAAGUCACAGCGGUCGCAGAGGACGCUGCCGCUAGCGGUGCUGUCGCCCUUUGCGCAGCAGCAGCUUGCACCUGCGAUCGGGAGGCCUGAGAGCCCCGUCGAAACUGCGGCGGCCCCCGUGUCGGCGCCGCUGCAGGUAACGCCAGACGGUUCGUUUCACGGCCGCGUGACGGGCCGCAGCGGCGGUGCACAGGCAGCCGGCGGCGAAGGAGCUAACGUGGACGCGGAGGGCGGGACGUCACAGAACAUGCGUUCCCGGGCCCAGCCGGUGCUAGAUGGGCAGCAGGAGCUGCCGGGGCAAGGCCAGAGCCAGGAGCUCGGGCGGGGAACGGCAGGACAGGGGCCCACAUUGGCGUCGGGCCCAUUGGGUUCCAUUGCUGGCCACAGCGGGCGAUUUCACACGGACUCUGCGCUUGCGGCUGCCCGCGGCUCCACCGCUGCUUCGGGCGGCGCUGCGCCGCGCGGCAAGCAGCCUGCAGGCCAGGUAGCGGGCAGUGGCGGCAAGCAGGCAGCAGGCGGCGGUGGGCGCCAGCGCCCCGGCGUGUUCACGGUGGUGUUCGAGGAUGCGAACAGCGCGGCCACGUUCAUGCUGCGAGCGCUCAUGGUCAUGCCUCUGCUCGACUGGCCCGCCGAGUUGCUGGAGCACCCGCUGUGUGAGCCGCUGGACCUGACACGCCUGGCAUGCGGCGGCAGCAGCCUGUUGCACGCCGCCCUGGCUGAGGGCGGCUCCACAGGAGCCGAGGCGGGGCUGGGCGCCGGCAGCGGCAUGAAGCGCAGCAGCACUGCCGCCGUGCGGCGCCUCUCCGCCGCCGGCAUGAGCGUGCUGCAGGCCGCCACGUUUGCGGCGGGCCGCGUGUCGAUGAGCAACGCGCGGCGUGAUGCUGGCGCAGCAACUGCUGCCGGCCACACUGCCGCUUCUGGCACCGCAGGAGCCGCUGCAGGCGGCUACGGGUCCGUGCACGGGGGCCCCAGGGGUAGCACACUGAUGUCGCCCAACCGCCACCUGGCGGCCGCGAUGCGGCGUGCCGGCAGCGGCGGACCGGCCAUCUUUGACGAGCGCGCGUCCUGCCCCUUGCCGCCCCUGGGCGACCGCGGCAGUACGUACGGCCAGCCCGCGCUCAAGGCCGCUGCCGAGCUGGACGGCGCCGUGGCGUCGGGGCUCGCAACCUCAGCGGCGGCGCCCCUAGCGGCUGCAGCUAACGUCACUGUAGCCGCAGCAGCAAUAACGACCGCAGGCGGCGGCGACGGGCCGGCAUCCACCGCCAGCACCGGCCUGGAGGGGCUGGACGUGCCCAGCGCAGCCGCCGCCGCCGCGCCGCACGUGGCCGCGCCGCUGCCUGCCACCUCUGCCAGCAGCGGGGUUGCCGGCGGCGGCGGCGGCAUGGGCCAGCUGGGACGCACCUUUUUCGCCGGCCUUCGCGGCGCGGGCGCGGUGGUGGCUGGCGACCUGGGCGGCGUGCUGCCACCACCGGGCAGCCUCACCGGCCACAUCACGUACCGCGGCAAGGCCUGGGCGGCGCUGAACGCUCUGUCCAAGCGGGGCCAGAUUGGCCAGGUGCUGGUCAACACCUCCACACACCUGCAGCUGCGGCCCGACCUGGCUGCCGCCACGAGGGUCGUGCGCAAGCUGGACUGAGCCGGCGGGCCAUGCCGGUCGGUGCACUGUGGCGUCCAUCUGGCGGGGCACGUAAGCGCAGGCCUGCGGGCUGAGGACGGCGACGGCGCGGCUGUUUACUACACGCAUGGAGGCGCGGCAUGGCGCACUCGUGCGAGCUCAUUUGUCAUUGUGCCAACAGCGUGGAAGCUAAUGGCCCCCGCCACCAGUUUUGUGAGCAGGGACGUGCACGGGGUUCAAGGGUUAUUCUUUACAAAUUGGUUGGGAAGGAAGUGGGACUGGGGUAAGUCAUCCAUGUAAGAGGAGAGUGGAGGGGGAGGAGGAGCCAAGUGCGGGUUGUGAACAUAUGAGUGGAGCAUUACGGUAUGAUGCGGCCCGACAUACAAGGAGGGCGUUUCAGAGUGUAGCAGCAAGCUUCAGCUAAUGUGUGGGAAACCGCAUGCUGUAGGUACGAGCCGCCAAGCGCGUUGCUACGAUGGUGAGGUGGCAUUGGCGCUAGAGCAGUGUGCAUCAAGAGCGAUUAUUGUUUCAUUACGUCCUGUAUCAAAUGCGGGCUAUGGGGGUGAUGUGUACGGCACUGGUGCACAGCCCUUUUAAGGUUACCAUGCAUGCGUACUUUGUUUCUGGACAUGCGGAUUCCAGUAGUCUGAAAGGAGAUUGCAGAACCUUUCUUCAACGCCUUCUUCCACGUUUGUUUGAGAGAGCCGGCCGCCUGUGCUUCUUCACUAACGCUCCUAAGACUGGGUGGAGACCAGUGAUGUUUUGCUCGCUGUGUCGUUUACGUUGCGUGUCCACUCAUGCGUGCGUUUGUGUGCGUGCGAAUUUGGCUGUAGGUAUGCGCUGCAUGGGCUGCGUGCGCGCGUGUCACCUGCACGCGGCAAAUGGUUGGGAUCGGCUGUUGUCGUCUCAAAAUGCAGAUUCCGUGGACCGAAGCAUGAGCAAUCUCCGUGAACCUAGGAACUCGUAUGAUAAUCCCUUCCUCUCCACUUUCGGCGAACACGUGCGGCUGGCUCACGGCUUGCGUACCAGAGCUGCGCGUGUGCGAACGCAGUGGGUCGUUUACAGGAGUCAGGUGCCAUCACCGGUGCAUUUCAAAGCGUGACACAUGAGCACAAGCGGUGUUGUUACUGUUGUGUCGGAGCAUUCAGAAGAGAACCUCAGCCUGUGCGUGAAGCGCUGUGCAUAAAUCUUUGCUCGAGUGGACUGAGUCAUGGAUACAUCUGUGCAUUGUCGUCCUGGGCACCAGGUUACACGCUGUACUGCUGCUGCAAACAAAGCGCCAGGCCCUCUUGUGCUUCGUGACUCCCGUCUAGCGGCUC